AUGCAAUAUCCCAGUCCACUUCGGCGCAUCGGUAUCGUACCGGGCGUGCUGCGAUUGACAGCUCUCGUCCUAGAAAUCCUAAGUUUCAUCCUCUUAUGGCUUCGUCAUGAGCCCGGAUACGAUUGGACAACUAGCUACGUGAUACUCGUCUAUCUGAUCUUGAUAGAUCUUUUGGAGAUCGUCUGCCUGUGCGGACAGGCCCGAGGAUGGGUCAUCUCAGCACUGCCAAUUUUGAUUGGGGGCGAUGCCAUUGGGGCUCUUGUUCUAGUCUGCUCGAGAGACUGGUAUGGCUUGUGGUAUUGGCACGGCCCGUGGUAUGCAAUGCAACAUAAGCUUGGAUCCGGAUUGUUCUUCGCGUUGCCUAUCCUCCGAUUCAUCCUACUCAUUCUAGCAGUCUUUGAAUACAAGUACGAGACUCGCCAGGACCGGCUUUUAGCAGCUGAGCGAGAAGGCCUCUUGCCCCGAUGA